AUGUCAGCUAGGUACGAUAGAGCAAUUACAGUAUUUUCUCCUGAUGGGCAUUUAUUGCAAGUCGAGUAUGCUCAGGAAGCUGUGAGAAAAGGGUCCACUGCCGUCGGAGUACGCGGUAACGAUGUAGUUGUCCUGGGUGUUGAGAAAAAGUCAGUUGCUAAAUUACAGGAGGAACGUACUGUUAGGAAAAUUUGUCUUCUUGACGAUCAUGUUGUUAUGGCUUUUGCUGGUUUGACUGCGGAUGCCAGAGUACUGAUAAACCGUGCUCAAAUAGAAUGUCAAAGUCACAAAUUGACUGUUGAAGAUGCUGUCGCAAUAGAGUAUAUAACUCGUCAUAUUGCUGGACUCAAACAAAAGUACACUCAGAGCAACGGACAAGAAGUAGCCACCGAGCGAGGUUCAAUAAAACUCGCCAUCAGAGCACUUCUUGAAGUAGUAACGUCCGGUCAAAAGAACCUGGAGAUUGCUAUCAUGCGUCGUAAUGAGCCGAUGCAAAUGCUUGACUCAGACACGAUAGGCGAGUACGUAACUGAAAUAGAAAAGGAGAAGGAAGCCGAAGCCGAGAAGAAAAAACAAAAAAAGUGA